AUGUCGAUCUUCACCCCCACCAACCAGAUCCGCCUGACCAAUGUGGCCGUGGUUCGCAUGAAGCGCGCCGGGAAGCGUUUCGAAAUCGCCUGCUACAAAAACAAAGUCGUCGGCUGGCGGAGCGGCGUGGAAAAAGACCUUGAUGAAGUGCUGCAGACCCACUCGGUGUUUGUAAAUGUUUCUAAAGGUCAGGUUGCGAAGAAGGAAGAUCUCAUCAGCGCAUUUGGAACAGAUGACCAGACUGAAAUCUGUAAGCAGAUUUUGACUAAAGGGGAGGUUCAAGUAUCAGAUAAAGAACGGCACACACAGCUGGAGCAGAUGUUUAGGGACAUUGCAACUAUUGUAGCUGACAAAUGUGUGAACCCAGAAACAAAGAGACCAUACACUGUUAUCCUUAUUGAGAGAGCAAUGAAGGACAUCCACUAUUCAGUCAACACCAACAAGAGUACAAAACAACAGGCUUUGGAAGUGAUAAAGCAGUUAAAGGAGAAAAUGAAGAUAGAACGUGCUCACAUGAGACUUCGGUUCAUUCUUCCAGUGAAUGAAGGAAAAAAGCUGAAAGAAAAACUCAAGCCACUGAUCAAGGUUAUAGAAAGUGAGGACUACAAUCAACAAUUAGAAAUUGUGUGUCUAAUUGAUCCAGGCUGCUUCAGAGAAAUUGAUGAGCUAAUACAAAAGGAAACAAAAGGCAAAGGUUCUUUGGAAGUGCUCAAUCUGAAAGAUGUGGAAGAAGGAGAUGAGAAAUUUGAAUGA